AUGGAGAGUGUGAUCUGUACAUUCCGAGGGACGGUGACCCAUGGCCUGGCUCUGGAGAUAGGAGAGACAGUCCAAAUACUGGAGAAAUGUCAAGGAUGGUACAGAGGAUUCUCCACCAGGAAACCCACAAUCAAGGGGAUCUUCCCAACCAGCUACAUCCACUUGAAGAAGGCCAUGGUAACCAACAGAGGGCAGUAUGAGACAGUGGUAUCGCUGGAAGACCCCAUCGUGACGGAGGUGACCUCCACUCUGCAGGAAUGGGCCCUCUCGUGGAAGCAACUCUACGUGAAACACAAGGUGGACUUGUUCUACAAGUUGCGUCACGUGAUGAAUGAGCUGUUUGACCUUCGGAGACAGAUGCUGUCUGGUCACCUGACCCAGGAUCAGUUCAGAGAUGUCAAGAAACACAUCACAGUCCGCCUGGACUGGGGCAACGAACACCUAGGCCUGGAUCUCGUACCCAGGAAGGAGUUUGAGAUGGUGGAUGCAGAACAGAUCAGCGUCUCAGACUUAUACAAAAUGCAUCUGUCCAGCAGACACAGUGUCCAGCAAAGCACAACCCAGGGUGACAGUGUGCGUCGGGGUCACGGUGUAGAGCCCUGUCGUAUCCCCGUCCCUCACCACCUGUUCAUCAGCCUAAAGAGCUUCACCUACAACACCUUGGGCGAAGAUACAGACAUCUUCUUCUCUCUCUACGACCUCAGGGAGGGGAAUCACAUCAGUGAGAAGUUUAUGGUCAGACUGAACAAGAAUGGAGGUCCCAAAAAUCCAGAAAAGGUUGACCGACUGUGUGCUCUCUUCACGGAUCUAAGCAAUAAGGACAUGAAGCGGGACCUGUAUAUUGUUUCCCAAGUCAUCAGAACUGGUCGGAUGCUGCUGAAUGACUCUAAGAAGGGUCCUCCUCACGUCCAGUACAGAAGACCGUACGGCUGUGCUGUGUUGGCCAUGAGUGAUGUACUGCAGACCAUCUCAGAGCUGAAGGAGGAGAAGGACUUUGUACUCAAAGUCUACACGUCUGAUUAUCUCUCUGUCUUCUACUCGUUAGGUCUGAUCAUCUCUCUCCAGCUGCUGCGAGGAGAGAUGGAACAGAUAAGGAGAGAGAACCCAAUGAUCUUCAAUAGAGGCGUGGCCUUGACACGCAAGCUGGGUUUCCCCGAUGUCAUCAUGCCAGGUGACAUCCGUAACGACCUGUACCUCACCUUGGAGAGAGGAGACUUUGAGAGGGGAGGAAAGAGUGUCCAGAAGAACAUUGAGGUCACCGUCUACGUGCUCUACGCAGACGGAGAGAUACUCAAAGACUGUAUCAGCCUGGGGAGUGGUGAGCCCCACAUCAGUGAACACCGCUCCUUCGUCCUCUACCACAACAACAGCCCCCGUUGGAGCGAGGUGGUUAAACUGCCCAUCCCCAUAGACCGCUUCAGAGGGUCACACCUACGCUUCGAGUUCAGACACUGCUCCACCAAAGACAAGGGGGAGAAGAAGCUGUUUGGUUUUGCCUUCACACCACUGAUGAGAGAGGACGGGACAACGCUGUCAGACGAGAGUCACGAGCUCUUUGUGUACAAGUGUGAUGAGAACGCUACGUUCAGUAACCAUGCAUUGUACCUGGGUCUGCCCUGCUGUAAGGAGGACUACAACGGCUGUCCCAACAUUCCCUCCAGCCUCAUCUUCCAACGCAGCACCAAGGAGACCCUCUGGAUCUCCACACAGCUCUCCUCCACCAAGCUCACACAGAAUGUGGACCUGCUUGCGUUGUUGAAGUGGAAGGCCCACCCAGACAGAGUGAUGGACAUCCUGGGGCGCCUACGCCACGUCAGUGGAGAGGAGAUUGUCAAGUUUCUUCAAGACAUCUUGGACACGCUGUUUUCCAUCCUGGAUGACAACACUGACAAGUAUGGUCCUCUGGUGUUCCAGUCACUGGUGUUCAUCAUUAAUCUGCUGAGGGACAGCAAGUACUAUCGCUUCUGCCCCGUUAUGGACACUUACAUCCAGAAGCACUUUGCUGGAGCGCUGGCUUACAAAGAGUUGAUCCGCUGUCUGAAGUGGUACAUGGACCAUUCUGCAGAGGUGGUGAAACAGAACCACAUCCAGGAGGCCAUGAGGGCUCUGGAGUACCUGUUGAAGUUCAUUAUCCAGUCUCGGAUCCUGUAUUCCCGUGCUACCUGUGGUGUGGACGAAGAACAGUUCAGAGCCAGCAUCCAAGAGCUCUUCCAGUCCAUCCGCUUUGUCCUCAGUCUGGACAGCCGUAGCUCCGAGACACUCGUUUUCACACAGGCGGCGCUCCUGAACUCGUUCCCGGCCAUCUUUGACGAACUGCUUCAGAUGUUUACAGUCCAGGAAGUGGCAGAGUUCGUACGGGGCACGCUGGGCAGUAUGCCAAGUACCGUACACAUCGGACAGUCCAUGGAUGUGGUCAAACUGCAGUCCAUCGCUCGCACCGUCGACAGUCGCCUCUUCUCCUUCCCAGAGUCUCGUAGGAUCCUGCUUCCCGUGGUCCUACAUCACAUCCACCUCCACCUGAGACAGCAGAAAGAGCUGAUCAUCUGUUCUGGCAUCCUCAGCAGUAUCUUCUCCAUCAUCAAGACCAGCUCUCUGGACACCCCAGUGCAGGAGGAGGUAGAGAUGAUGGUGGAAUCUCUUCUGGAUGUGCUUCUCCAGACCCUGCUAGCCAUCAUGACCAAGUCUCAGUCCCAGGAGGCGGUAAGAGGCCAUCGCUGCCCACAGUGCACGGCUGAGAUCACUGGAGAGUAUGUGUCCUGCCUCCUAUCCCUGCUGCGUCAGAUGUCUGACAUCCACUUCAAACAUCUACUGGAAUACUUCCAGAGCAAAGAGGAAGUCAAGGAGUUCCUUCUGAAGAUAUUCUGUGUGUUUCGUAACCUGAUGAAGCUCAGUAUUUUUCCACGGGACUGGAACGUGAUGAGGCUGCUGACCAGCAACACCAUAGUGACAACUGUCCAGUAUCUGUCCCCGGCUUUGCACAAGAACUUCACCGAGGCUGACUUUGAGUUCAAGGUGUGGAACUCAUACUUCAGUCUGGCUGUUCUCUACAUCAGCCAGCCCAGUCUACAACUGGAGAACACCACCCCAGCCAAGAGGAAGAACGUGUUGGACAAGUAUGGUGACAUGAGGGUGAUGAUGGCCUACGAGCUCUUCAGCAUGUGGCAGAACCUCGGUGAGAACAAGAUCCAUUUCAUCCCAGGUAUGAUAGGUCCGUUCCUGGGUGUGACCCUGGUGCCUCAGGGGGAGGUCAGGAACAUCAUGAUCCCUAUCUUCCACGACAUGAUGGACUGGGAGCAGAGGAAGAACGGGAACUUCAAACAGGUGGAGGCAGAGCUGAUUGACAAGCUGGACAGUCUGGUGUCUGAGGGGAAAGGAGACGAGAACUACAGAGAACUGUUCAGCCUGCUAACCCAGCUCUUUGGGCCUUACCCCAGUCUGCUGGAGAAGAUUGAGCAGGAGACGUGGAGGGAGACAGGGAUCUCCUUCGUCACCUCUGUCACACGGCUGAUGGAACGUCUGCUGGACUACAGGGACUGCAUGAAAGGAGACGAGACAGAGAACAAGAAGAUUGGCUGUACUGUCAACCUGCUGAACUUCUACAAGUCAGAGAUCAACAAGGAGGAGAUGUACAUCCGUUACAUCCACAAGCUGUGUGACAUGCACCUCCAGGCUGAGAACUACACAGAGGCUGCGUUCACCCUGCUGUUGUACUGGGAGCUACUGCAUUGGGAAGAGAGGCCUCUAAGGGAGUUCUUACACUACCCAGCCCAGAGCGAGUGGCAUCGCAAAGAAGGCCUCAGUCGCAAGGUCAUCCACUACUUCAACAAGGGAAAGAGCUGGGAAUACGGAGUACCAUUGUGCAGAGAGCUGGCGUUCCAGUAUGAGACAUUAUACGACUACCAAAGCCUCAGCUGGAUAAGGAAAAUGGAAGCUGCUUACUAUGACAGCAUCAUGGAGCAGCAGCGUCUAGAGCCAGAGUUCUUCAGGGUGGGAUUCUACGGACGCAAGUUCCCCUUCUUCCUCAGAAACAAGGAGUUUGUCUGCCGCGGUCAUGACUACGAACGGCUUGAAGCCUUCCAGCAAAGGAUGCUGGGAGAAUUCCCACAAGCCAUUGCCAUGCAACACCCUAAUCAACCAGACGAGGCCAUCUUACAGUGUGAUGCCCAGUACCUGCAGAUCUAUGCGGUGACGCCGGUACCGGAAAAUGUCAAAAUUCUCCAAAUGGACCGCGUUCCAGACCGCAUCAAGAGCUUCUACCGUGUCAACAACGUGCGCCGCUUUCGAUACGACCGGCCCUUCCACAAAGGAUCAAAAGACAGAGAGAACGAGUUCAAGAGCUUGUGGAUCGAGAGGACUACGCUGAUCCUCACACAUCCUCUUCUUGGUAUCUCCCGCUGGUUUGAGGUGGAGAAGAGAGAGCUGGUGGAGGUGAGUCCUCUGGAGAAUGCCACCUACGUGGUGGAGAAUAAGAACCAUGAGCUGCGGACCCUGAUCAGCCAGUACCAACACAAGCAGCUCCAUGGCAACAUCAACCUGCUGUCCAUGUGUCUCAACGGGGUCGUUGACGCUGCCGUCAACGGGGGCAUCGCCAGAUACCAGGAGGCCUUCUUUGAUAAGGAGUACAUCAGCAGCCACCCAGAAGACACAGAGAAGAUCACGGCCCUCAAAGACCUCGUGCAGGAACAGGUUUACAUCCUGGGGGUGGGGCUUGCGGUCCAUGACAAGCUGGUGCACCCUGAAAUGCGUCCCCUGCACAAGAAGCUGAUAGAUCAGUUCCAGAUGAUGAGGAGCAGUCUCUAUGGUCUGCCGGGACUGGACAAGCUGAGUCCUGCCUGUUCUGGUGCCAGCACUACAACAGGCAUCCUGGCUACGCACAGCCCCAUGAGCCCCGACAGCUUCAAACUCAUUCACAGGCACAGUCCGCUGAAUCUGCUGGGGUCUAUCCGCCACUCGUCCUCCUCACUGUCCUCUCACACCUCCAGCGAGACGGGUAACCUGGUGAUCCUGACAGACAGCAUGGUGGUGGAACACCCCGAGGACAUCUACCGUAUGCAGCCCAGUCCUUCGUCCUCCAGUCUGAGCUCCACCCACUCAGCCCCCUCCCAGAUGAUGAACUCUGCCCCCAACAGUAUCAGAGGCUCCCCGUCGCUGCCAGAAAAAUACAGACACAACCGUGAGAUGUUGAUGCUGCUGCCUCUGCACCGUGAGAGACCCAGCUCCGCCAUGUACCCCAACAUCACUGAGAACGGACAGCCAACUAACUUCCAGCGAGCGUUGUUCCACCAGGUGAUUGGUCCGUGCAAGCCCUGUAGCGACCCUAACCUGUCCGUAGCAGAGAAAGGACACUUCUCCAUGCACUUUGAUGCUUUCCACCACCAGAACAGCGACCUCCCUCCAGCUCUCCCUGCGCGCUCCUCUUUACGAAAGUCACCCCUGCACCCUAUACCUGCCUCGCCCACCAGUCCCCAGUCCGGCCUGGAUGGCAGUAACUCCACCCUCUCUGGCAGCGCCUCCUCCGGCGUCUCUUCCUUGAGUGAGAGCAACUUGUUGGGCCAGUCCUGCUCCACCGAGCCCUCUGGAACUACCAGCAGACACCCAGCAGGCACCCUGGACUCUGUCUCCAUCACCCCCAGCACGGUGCACUCUAUCUGGGCCAUAGACGGAGAAGACCUGGGAAUGGACUCCCCCUCUAGUCCCUACCUGCCUGUCCGAUACAGCGUCUCCGAGCCAGAGGUCCUGGAUGGCUCCAAGCCCCCUCCCUGCCGUAGCCACUCCGCCCCUGGGUGGGUCACCCCGGUCAUCACCCCUAUUAUCCCCGUCCUCCCAGAGGCCCGCGCCCUAAACAUCCAGAACCUGCCCCACUACCACCAGGAGCCCCCGCCCGCCCUGCCCCCCAAGCCCUACCUGAGAGACGGGUGUAUCCCUGAGGAAGGGGUCAUUCCCGCCGUGCCCAGACCCACGCCACGCAAGAUCUCUCAGCCUCUCAUCACCUCUAAGGAAGAGCAGGCCAAGGUGACGUGGGAGCACGGCAUCACAGAGGAGUAA